GCCACAGCGGGAACCGGCUACAAGCAUCCCAGUGGGACUGCGGACUGCGGUCCUUCCGGAUUUUGGAGUUUUUUUAAUCGCUUCGAUCGUGGCGAUGUGUGGACGAGGAAUGUGACCCCCGGCCCGAAAAGGAAGGAUGGAGCUGUCGCGCUGUAGGAUCAGGCGCACCGGAUGCAAUGCCCUGAGAAGCUGUUUCUAUUGCACCGUGGGCCUCAUCUGGGCGGACGGCGACUGCGUUUUCAUCACACCGCUGCAGCCGCCCAAAAACUCGUCGACCAGUCAUCAUCAGGUCCACUUCUGCCGUCAUCAGGUGCUCGGCUUGUUCAGGACGGUGCACGGCCUGUGCUACAGCAGCCCCAAGAAAUGGCCCCCGUUGAUCAGUGUGGUGGCCGAGCGGGUGGACGACGGCUCCCUGGAGCUCUCCAUCUGGCGCAUGAACACAGCCGUCCAGUGUGUCUCCUUCUCCAAGUGGGCCAUCCUGGCUUUGCCCCAGCUGCCCGUCCUGCAAGGGUGUCUUUGGCACCCCGAACGAGAUGUCUUCUGCCUGGUGUUCAAAGACUCAGCACGCAUCUACGUGGUCAACGAGGACAGCUCAGAGCUUCAGGAGGUCAAGACCAUCACUCCAUUUGCUGGGUCUCGGUUUGUGUGUGGCACCUGGAGCAAAAAUGGCAAGAGGCUUAUCUUGGCGACGGAGUCAACUCUCAUGUUUUACAGCAUACCAUGUUCCGACAUCGAGCAGACGGAAAUGGAGGUCAUUCUCGGACUGGAAAGGGUGUGCUGUAUCGAGGGACUGGAUGGGGACCGGUUUGUGUGCACGGUGGAGCUUCCCCUGGACAGCAUGGUAGUGAGGAGCCGCUCGGAGCGCUACCUCAUGGACCAGACUCGGGGGCCCCUGGAGACCCUGCUCAACAUCCAUGCGGCCACUGAGGGUCCACUGGAAGGCAGCUCGCAGCUGUUUCUACUACAGUGGAACCCGGACACGGACAAGCCAGAAGUCCGAAGCUGGGACGAGCUUUAUGGCAUCCUCUCACCUGACCUCUUGGCUGUCGAGCCUUCAUCGAACCUCAUCGUGGUCGGGAGCAACAGCUGCCACACCCUGUACGUGUACGGCAUUGUCGACGAGCAGCUUGAAAAGCUCCACGACAUUAACCUCCCCAAGGAGGAGCGGCCCAAGGGGGUGACAAUCCACAACCAGGAGGCGUUGCUGAUGAUGGCCAAGCUGCCCGAGGAAGAGCGCCAGGUGCUGUCGCUGCCACGCUCGGAGUUUGUCGAGUACGAAGUGGUCCUCCAGAGCAUCCCACUGUCAGCCCAGCCCCAGGGGGCUUGUACGCUUCAGAGCCUGCUGGGUCAGGCCGCCGCCAAGUCAUCUGCCUCGCUUGACAGCGCCGUCUCAGACCCCAUCGCCAGGUAUGGCCGCCUACGGAGGGAUUCAUACAGACGGGACAAUCUGGCGGCCGAAAGGUACAGCAGGACCCCGCAGGGUCCAGCGUCAACGGCCAGCUCGAGCCACCUGCUAGCCGGUGCAGGUGAGCUGAACCGGUGCGACCCCGCCGCUACCAUGACCUGGCCCCGGGGCCUGCUGGGUGACCUCAAGAGCCACCUACAGGCAUCGGCUGCACCCCCACCACGGCCGUCAUCGUCGGCAACCAGCGAGAGCCACCUUGCCCACCGGGCCCAGGCAAGACGUUCGGAUCCAACUCCACUGGUUGAGGACCUGACAAGCCUGCUGCACUUUCAUGAGGCCGGCAGAAGUGCAGAUCCCCCACCGGCCAAUGACCUCCUUGAUCUGUCAAGCCUCCUGUCGGGCGGCGGCCUUUCCUCUUCCGAGUUGCUCGUGGGCCGGAACUUCGAGGAGCUCGACGGGGACGUUGGUGGCCGCCUCGGCGGGGGCUUCCACGAGGAGUUCUUUAAGAAGUCCUCCGGCACUGGCGACGGGGUACGCCAGGAUGUCGGCAGCACCCCUCGCACUCCCAUGGCGGCACCAGGAGGUGGCUCGCACACGCUGCCGCGUGCUGCCGAGCAUGCAGCGCCCGCUGCGGCAACAACUAGCACACUCGGCUCGGUGGCCUCGCGCUUGGCAGGCCUCGAAGGCUGUCUGGCCGCACUGGGCCGAAGCCAGAGCCGCGAACUGCAGGAGAUCAAAGGGGAGCUAUCUGCUAUCCGCCGCCUUCUGAUCUCGGUCCUGUUCCACGUGCUGCCAGAGGAAGCGAGGAGUGACGCCGUUGCCAAGUACACGUGAGCCGAGACUUACAAAAGUAGUUAUUUCGGCACCCCGCAAUGCGCCCAACGUUGGCCACGGGCAGAGAGUUAAACGAAGAGAGCUCCAACCGCGAAACACGCGAAGGUUUAUCGCUGUCCACGUUUUGGUAGUCGGGCACAGACGACGUGAAAAGGCUCCAGGUCUGAAGAGGAGGCGUACCUAGGUGACGUGCUGCCGUAGACCAGUCUCGACAUCAGUGCCGGCCGCAGCCGGACCUUGCGUGGCGAGAUGCUACCCACCGGCAACCCCCCCAUACCCCUGCAACUAUCUUAUGCGCAGUUUGUGGUUGCAGGCUGGCUUCAAACUGUGAGUGACGUGCUGUGCCGCACGUGUGCGAUGCUCGUGCUUGACUGAAAAGCUUUAGACUGGAAUCUGCUCUGUUCCACUACAUGUGGCUGACGGACGUUGUCUACUUUCUAGGUGGUUGCAUUGGUGACAAGUGUGCUUUCUUUUCUUUCUCCGCCUGUGCCACAGAUGUUCCUUUUUCAAAUGCCGAGACUUUGCUUCCCGGAGUUUGUGCGAAUGAUGUGCAUUUCAUUGCUAAUGCAGUCACAGUAUACAGUGUGCAGUUUAGUGUCGCAUUAAUUUUGUACGAGCCUACGCAAUACUAAUAUGAAAGGCGGAUUUCUUGUUUUCGUGACCCAAAGCAGUGGUGUAUGGGUGAGGCAAUGCAAAGAAGGGGACAGUGGACACUGCUGACACAGACCACAGGUGCGUUUUAGAGUGGCCAAGAAUUCCAGCGCAGCACUGCAUCAAAAUGUCUUGCUCACUACUUUCACUCAGGUGUGGUGGCAUAGAACAAUGGCUUUUACAGCCUCCGUUUUUCUGUUAGAUCUUCUUUUUUACUUGUUCUCUUACACCAUAGGUAACACAUGCGAACUCUUAUCUCUCUUUACAAAUUGGUCUUCGCACAAGGCACUUCCACACAGAUGAAGCACCCUGCUUUCAGGCUUUGGCCGAAGCUGCAGCAGUUCAACGAACCCACCUAAAAGGAGUUGCCAGGGUUUCUGCUGUACACGUGGGCAAAUGUCUGCAACAGACAACGCAUUGUGCUGUUACGUAUUGUGCAGUGUCGAGAUAAGUAUACACAGAAGUGCAUACAAGCGUAUACAAACAGCCUUGCUUGCACAGAAUCCUGACCACGGAUACGAGGCAAGGGUGUGGCUGGCUCGAUGUCACUGGAAAAAGUUUUUCCUGGAAGCACAUUAACUUCUCUGCUCUUAAGAGACGUUCUCACGUGCCUGUGUGUGUGUGCAUGUGUGUGUAUGUGUGCAGAGAGUGCUCAUGCGGACAAAGAAAACCCAAAGCAGCAGGUCUCUGCUGAUGCUGCACGACAUCUGCUGCACGCCUCGGAGACCGGCCGACUCAGCCCGGGGUUUUCGGCUUGCCUUCUCCUCUUCAAAAACUCGGCCGUCGGUAGAUUGACUUCAAAGCACAGAACCUGGGGCAGGGGAGGGCGGGGUAAUGGGGGUGGGGCGAAGGAAAGGAUGGCACGACGGCAGCCACGGCUCGAUUGCUCGGUGACGUUUGAGUGUUCGUGGUCGAAACACCUCCUGCCGAAACCUUCUGCAGCUGAAACUCUCUUGAGAAAAGCUCCAGCAUCGACCGCCAUUGUCUACACGCUGCUGGAACGAAAACACUUGCCGCCGUUGCCAUGUGCGUGUGUUCUAUGAUGGUGGAUGCGACAUCUCUCAGUCUACCUGUUUGGCACACAUUCUUUGUACAUAUUAUACAUAGAAGCAGAAAAGAAGAGAAAAAGGUUACAAAAAAAGAGGGAAAAGGGAAGGGGGAACAAAGAACAGUGCACAGCCAUAGGUGGCAAGGUUCUGCUUGUGAACAUGCUCAGCAGGUUCCUGCCCGACACUGACAGCAACAGCUGUUGCCAGUGCCACAGCAGUCACGACACAAGAACGGGGAAGUGGAGGGGGGGAAGGAUUCUUUCCUUUCUGCUUUUUUAUAGGAUUUAUAAAUACAUUCCUAAAUGCAUAUAUACACUCGUAUCAUUGAGAGGCUGUAGUCAAGAGAAGGAGGAGAGGAAGGGUGCUGCGUACAGGCGUCAUUUGAGUGUGAGUGGAGGAACAAUCUCUUGCACGAUUGGCCUACAUUGCCGCACCUCUUGUCGAACUGCUCUAUGCCAGUGAUGUGCGUCGUGCAAAGCAGAGACAUAAGUCUUGCUGUCCAUCCGCCAUUGUUCAGGUUAAUGCGUGUGCUAUCGCAUGCACCGCUAAUACCAUGCGGCUGACACUGGCCUGUUUUGUUUGCAGAGUGCUUGUUACGGGCGGGAAUUUGUUGUUUCUGCCGCUCCCUUCUUAGUUGACCCUUGUGCAAGCAUGCAGACAUGUGUCCUGGAAGGAGGAAAGCAAGAAAAAAAAAACUAAUGGUAAAUUCCAUUUGCUGUUUCGAGUAAAUUCCAUUUGCAGUUUCGAGGAUGCUACCUGAAUGUUUGAGAAAGCAUUUGGACUAUGCUCAAAUUUCACAGAACCAAGCCUAUCACAAAAAAGCAUAGCAGUACUCUGCGCUAAAACAGCACAGAGUUUGUUGCACGCAAUAUGCACAAGUGUCACUACAUGCUGUAGCACUUCUGGAUAAAUCUGUACCCCAGCAAUGGAGCAAGAGAAAGGAAUCCGCUGCAUGGUGAGAUGAUGCCUAACAACCAUAAAAAAAAUGUGAAUCUGUUGUGGAUCAACUGGUGGAAUGGCGUUCUUCUGUAGAGGAAAGGAAAGAAGAGCUAUAGAUUGGCUAGUGGAGUUCACCUUAAGGCAUGUGGACUGAGCAGGACCUCUACUUUCAAACUUAAAAAACGCAGCAUGUCCCAACUUGCAUUCAUCAUUGUGACCUUGUAGCAAACCGAUGUGUGCAGGAACUGCCUCUGCAAGAUUGCACUUGUCGAUUUGUGGGAAACACUUAAUGCUCAGCGCAGCACACUGUGGCUUUCACAUAGAUCCACAGACUUUGGACGCCAAAAGUGGUUCAUUCUGUACUCUGCUUCCACCCAGGCAGCUUGAUGCAAAAAGCACUUCUGCUGCUACUUCCACUGCGAUGCUUGCUCAGUGACUUGCAGUAAUCUUGUUUCGUUUAAGAGCUUCUCUCAGCUUUCGGACAUGGUGCACUCAUUAUCUUCCUCAGCUCUGCAACUCAGGACAAGUUUGAGGCUUGGACACAUGAACAGGUGUAUGCUAUAAUGUAUUCACGUAGUAUUGUUUGUUGCAGUGAAGUUGCACUUCUUCAUUGUACCUCUUGGCCACCUCAGUUUGAUACUGGGCUGUCAUUAACCACUCAGUGUCCGAUCUGAAAAGAAAGCGCCUGAGUUUGGCUCGUCCACCUUCUUCCACACUAGGCUGCGCUCCCGGUUCAUCUUGAAUUUGCAGGAGCCCGAACAGAGGCUAACGCAAUGGUGCUGCAAUCUCUCAGGCUGGUUGCAUCGCACAUAUUUGGUCCGGCCACUGGUUUCAGAAGGACGGUGAACCGUCUUGGCAUGCCAGUCAUGUUAGCACUGUGUUGCACGAACACCACCUGUGUUCUUCUUCGAACCUGCCCUGUUGACCGCCUCGUGUGCUUGGAAACUUUGGACGAAAGGCCGAGGGUUUCCUUAUUGCACAACACAUGACUGGUGGACAUGGGCAUCCACUGCUGCAAUUUAUUGUGGCCACCUUCUAGCAGUCGUCUGAUAUCUUGUUGGCCGCAGUCACUGGAAAUUCCACACACAGACACCUCUAGUUUGUUCCGCCACCAUUCCCUUUAUUCCCAGUGUCUUGCUUGCACUGGCUGUACAAGGCAUAGAGCAAGGUGCGAGGUUAUGAACCACAAUAAACAUGAAGUGGCAGCUUUAUAUAUAAUAUAUAUAUAUAUAACACACACACACACAGACACACACACACACACGUAUAUAUAUAUAAACACACACACCUAACGUGGUUGAAGAUGUGUGCCACUGCGCCGCGAUUGAUGUGUUGCUGUGGAGGAGAAAGAAAAAAAAAAUAGCCAUGAUUGCUCAACACUUUUUAUACAUUGGUUGUGUAGCAUAGUGAUCGCGUGGUUGAAUCUUUCCGUGUAGCUUCGUGAGGUCGUGUUUGUGUAGUCAGUCCCAUGACAACUGACCUGCUACACCGAGGCUUUGGCCCGAGUUUAUUAUAUUGGGUCGAGUUUGCUGGUAUUAUAUCGCGCCAUUUACAUUUUGCUUCCUCCCAUCUGAAAUUGCUGGCAUUGCUCCUGCCUUGUUUUGUCUUGGCAGGCGCCGGCAUGGGUACUAGUUUCGUGCUGUCACCACUGCCUGCUGGGUCAGCGGUGUGAAAAUCCGCGAGAAUAAACACACUCUGUAGCUAGCUCACAUGAGACUACGCAUCAUGAAAGAUCUUAGAAGUGGCGUCAAUGACCUCUCACAGAAGGGCUGUGGGUGCCCAACAUUCGAAGUGUGGAGAGAGCUGCAGGCUAUGAGGUAAGGUUAGCAACCUUACUCAGUGAACAUCUCGUACGGCGAGUUUAUUCUUGUGUGCCCUUGCAAAAGGGGCCCAGCAGUUCAGAUACAAUGAGUGCCAGUACCAGCCACAUUGCUAUCCAUUUUCACUUCACCAGACACCGAUACUAGCUUGCACUAUUCUAACCCUGCCGGAGGGCAUCCCCGGAUUAUUAAGUACUGUUCACACGUGCUAGGAGAAAAUCCUGGCAGCAUACACCACUCGCACAAUGUAUGUCAGUUAGUUGUCGGAGCAUGGUGUGGCCACUUCUUUGCCAGUCGUGGUGUGGAAGAAAAAAAGAGUCUCUUAAUAUAUGCUGGGCAUUGUUUUGGUGCCCUUGGCUGGGAGCGUGCCAUGGCAUUUCCUUUCUAUUCUUUUGCACCACAGUGGGACAGAACUGCUUUCAGGGAAGACUAACUGUGUUGCUUGUUACAUUGUAAGCCGAACUGAUCACCCGUGCAUCUUUCAGCUAGAUCGAAGCAGGACAGCCAAAGAAAUGUAUGCAGUGUACAUAACAGUGGGUCCAGUGCUUUGCUUGAUUUCUAAACCAAUGCAUUAACAAUUUACAUGUGGGUUCACUGUGCACUGGCAUUGCAUAAAGCAUAGCAGCUUGUCUUGUUGUGGCACAACUUUGACCAUUUGAUGUUUUUUUUUUUAAGAGCAGCCAUAGGUUUAAGCAUAUGAAACAGCAUAUUCAUUACUUCAACGUCACUUGGAGAACAAGAAAUGUUUUGGAAGAGAAACUCGUCUUCUUUUAUUACUAUUAUUAAAAGAACAUGUAAGCCCUGUCAUUUGUCAAUGUAAUGCAGUAGCAGUGGCAUUAUCUCGCUGAGCUUAUUGUCACGGGCUUGAUUCCUGCAGAAGGGUUGAAAAUUGAGUUUGCCGGCACAAUGUUGGCAACCUGAGAACAGCAUGAUUCCUGGCCAUGGUGGCCACUCUGCUGGGGGUGGAAUGCAAAAGUGCCAGUUUGCCAAACCUUGCGUGCGUACGAAAGAACACCAGGUGGUCAAAACUAAUCACGAGCCUUCCACUACGGCAUCCUUUGCGGCCCCUGUCUUGUCUUUGGGGAAAUGUUAUCCCCCUCUCUAAAUAAAGCUUAAAAAUCUGCAUAUUCGAUGAUUCUGUAUAGUCAUAUAAUAUAAUGUGAGCUUUUUUUCCUAUUAAGAUGCCUUAUAUGGGAGAUUAUUGUAUCAGAGGUUGCACGGUUUGUGUCUUUCUGUUGUUUCUUUUUAUAGAUUCUUCCAUGAGAGCGCAACCUGGUGGUCAAAAUAUGGACUACCCGUCAAAGUGUCACCAAAUCUCCCCCAGAGAGGCAUAAUCAGAUUUCUGCACCUUUCCUAAGCAUGGUGUUAAGUUUCCUGUGCACGCUGGUGCCAAAUGGGAGCUUCUCCUCUUAAACAUUUCUUGCACUCAUAGUAGCAUUACAUGUAAGCUUGAUCAGCUGCGAGCCGCAGGAGCCCUGGACUAAGGGCGUCUCCCGCACAAGCAGAAAGACAUCUGCUUGUCCUUUCUUUUAUUUUUAAAAUAAAUGUUUCUCCUCCUCCUCUCCCAUAAUGUGCUUGCAUGGCUGUGAGACCAGCCCAUCUUUUCUUUGCAACCGAGUUUUGAGUUGAUCACGAGCGCUUAUGCUGUUUGCGUCCCUAAUUUUUCUCACGGUGCUCUUUCCAGCCAUGUUUCUGUCUUGCAUUAUGAUUGCACCUCAUUGCUGCUACACUCCAUUCUAUAUUUAGCAGGCAAUGUGUGGAAGCUGCUGUAGUAGCACUACCAUAGGAGUGUAUAAGCCCACAUAUUCCAUUGUGAAUUGGUUUUGAUCUGAAACAUCCGCUAUGGGGCAACUUCGUCUGUUGCCACCUUAACAUCUGUAGUUAAAGUAAUGCCAAAUUUCACUAUCUUUUAUCGCGGUGUUUGUUUUUUAUUGGUACAUGGCGCAUGCUGAAAAUAUUUUUGAACACAAAUGGCAUGCACUGCAUCUUGAGGGAGAUAGAUAAAGGACGGAAAAGAGGACCGAGACUGACUGGCCCCCUUACUCUGGGGGAAGGGAAAGGGAAAAAAAGAAGCGAUAUGACAGAGUUCAGGUGCACUCAGAGGCAGAAAAAAUGCGAUUUCCACCAGUGUCACAUCCAGUCACUCAGCCUGGUUGACUUCUUAAACCACAACAGCGCUGUUGUGGCUCAUAGCAAGGUGCAUAGCAGAAUUGAAAGCUGGUCAAGUUAUGGUUGCACACGACGACUUGGUGGAGAAAAUGUAAGGCAAGGCUUAAAAGGCCCAUCUGUCUGUCUAUUUUUUCUCAUUCCCCGUGUUUUAUCAACCAAGUUGCUUCAUGCUCUUCUUUCUAUAGUUGCAAUGUGCAUGGCCACAGUCCCAAGGCCUUGGUGCCAGAGAGAAGUCUUCCAUCUAGAACUUGUUGUAAAGCAAGUUGGCUGAUAGUUGGGAAAGCCAUUACAGCACUAAUAUGGUGAGCACAGAGGCCAUAAGACAGGCAAAGCACCCAUUCCGUGCUGUCCUCUGCGUCCAUUUUAUUAGUGCUACGAUGGCUCCUACAAGUCUUCUGUCUAGCUGGCUGAGGGGUGCACGGAGAACAGACCUUUGAUCUUCAGAGGAAGAACAACUGCUGAGAAAAUGUCCAGCUUCUUCAUAAGCACAAGUGUUGCAGUUGGUGCUUUUGCUUUCUUCAAUCAAGGAUUAGUAAGCAUCAUGAGGGUGUAUGCAACAACCAAACAAGAAGCGAUAUGACGAGCUGGCUUUACGGUGGUGAAGACCAGGUUGCAGGCGCAAUUGCAUGGAGGACUCCACUGAGUACAGUGCUCUCAGUGAACUGCGCAAGUAGUCCAGUCCUAAGAUGUACUACUCUAUUGCUUUUCGUCGUGAAGCGGUUUAGAUCUGCAGGUUCUUCUAUAGCUUCUUUAUCUAUUAUGACUGUAAGACACAGAGUCAUCAUCUUAUCCAAUGAUAAAUUGUUUUUAAGUUUUUUGCUCCUAAUGCGUGAUGCAAAGAUGUCAUAUUGGCUGAGUGGCUGUGACAUUCUGCUGAGCACACAAUCAAGGAUUCAAUUUUUGGCUCUGCCAGCUGCGUUCUAACGAAGGCAGAAUGCAAGAGUGGCUCGCAUGCCAAGCGAACAUUAAGGGCAGUAAGAAUUAGUCGGGAGCCUUCCACUUAGUCGGAAGCGCCUGGAUUGCUUUGGAACAUUAAACGCCAUCGACUAACUCUAAUCCAUACUCAAUGCACAAUUUUUUUUAUUGCAAAUGCAGCCACUGUGAAAAAUAGCUCCAGUUUCCACAGCAUCGCCUGCUAAGUAUGAAAUGGAAUGUACAUAUGUCUUUGUAAUUCUUUAUCCUAGUGUUGCACUUAGAGGAGCUUAUGACUUGUCGAACAGAGUACACUUUGGGUGAUUGCUCUCUCUCUCCUCCGAUACACAAGCAAGAACUAAUGGGAAAGACAAGGUCAGCUGAAAUGCAUUUUGCACACACACCAUGACACGGCAGGCACCAUCUGCACUGAAAACCUUGUGCUAUGCCCUAAGCACAGCAUCUCGUUUCUUAAGUUUUGUACUUCAUUGAAGCAUUGUCCAGUUGUGUCAGUAUUUAGUGAACUAGGCAUUCUUUAGCCAUGGUGUUACUCAAAUCACUGACUGAAAAUGAAAGAAAAAUAUAUCAGAAGUCAUUGGGAAGAUAAGCAAGAGUAAGAGAUAAACCUGGAAGUGAAAGUCUUAAAAAAAACACUAAUGGUACAUUCGACUAGUCGCUUUCAAGCACUCUCGUGGUGCGGUUUGCACUCAAAUGGUCAAAAUUGAGGGCUUGGAACUCAUUCGUUAGGUUCAGUCAGGGUGCCGUGUUCCAGCUCAGAGUGCUUGGAGGCACUCUUACCUUCAAGGUGGAAGCCAUUUAAGAUCUAACAAUCUCCAUCACGUGGCUACUCCAAAUGCUCUGGAAGCAGCUUAAUGUUUGGCUCAGACAGGCUUCCUGUGGCUCGAAUGUCGAAAUGCAUGGCUGCAAACCAAUUCAGAGUACAGUAGGGGUCAGUCGAACAUACCAUAAACAGAAAAUUAAGUUAAGCGUUAUCAGUAAAUUAGGCUUCCACAAAACAAGAAAAAACCACUCCAACACAGAGAAGGCUUUGGUAAGACAGAGAAGACAUCAUAACGAAAGAUGGUUCGCGAUGCUGCCUUGAAGUUUCCGCUCCAAGCAGCUUUAACAAGUCCAAAUUCUGAAAUGUGCGCUCUUUGAGAAGUUUUGCAACAUGCAUAAUUGACAAGCUCCGGUAUUGUCUGGUGGAUCAUGCCUUUGAAAUUCUAUUUGCGUUUCUUCAUGGAAGGAAGGUUUCUUAUCAGAAAAGACUAUGAAUACCCAGCUUCUGUUUUUUUUUAUUUUGAACCCAUGUCAAUUUGGACCCUGAUCAAUUUUAAAUCCAGGUCAGAGCACCGAUGGUAUCAGUCCGACAUCAAGGAUUCUGUGGUAUUUUCACAUAUCUGUAACUCAUUUGUACAGGGAUAGUCUACAAAAAUUGCUUUCUUAAGCUUUUUUUUUACUUUCUGCUGCAAUAUAUGAGGUCCUUUUUCAUUGAUAUACAAUGAACUAGCACCUAGUGAACAUCGCCAAAAUCUGGGACAUCUCAAGAAUCUGGUGCAGGAAUUUUAUGGUGGUAUUACGAAUUGUCUUGUUCUUAUGUGGUCUGCAGCUUACCAAUACCCCCCUUACAGAACUACUGGCAUUGUGCUUUGUUUCGUCAUAAAAGUCCUUCUCACUUGGGAGUUAUAAGUUGUUUGGUGGCCCAAAUGUGUUCCUACUAUUUCACGGGUUCUGCUGAAAGACAUUUUGGUAACAAUGGCAAUCUGAUCAUGUGAAUUGGCUUUGAAAUUCUGUAAUGUACAAACAAAAAUUUUUGUUGUUGUUUUGAGCCAUGCUGCAAAGGUUUGCUUGCAAUUUUCUUUUUUUUUUAGCUGUUGUUCUGAUUUCUGUCCUUUUAUGCCCAUUUCGUCUUUAUUUUUUUUGGGUGGCUCAGGCUUACCUUAAACCUGAGCCUGAAAUUUCAUGAAUAGCAGUCCUUAACCAAAGAUACUGUUCAAUUUGAAGCAAAAGUAGUGUCGGCUUUAAGUAGGACGUCAACAUAAAAGAAUUCUGCAAAUAAUUUAUAUUUUAUUAUUUUCUACCUUUUUUAACAAAGCUCUGUUGAAAGAUAUUUAUGACAUGACUUUGGUUUACUUCUAUCAUUUGAUCUACACCUGGGGAUGAAAACUUGCACAACUUCAGACCAGUGCUUCAAGAAAAGAACAAAUUUUCUUGCAGAAUCGGCAUGUAGUUUUGAAAUUGAUCACAUACAGCAUAUGCGUAUGUGAUCAUCAUAUGCAUAUGUGUGAGCAUCGGAGUAAGCACAGAGAAAACAUAUUUUUCUUGCAGACUGCCAGUUUGCAAAAUUUGCUCCUCCGAUGCACUCUUCAUGAAAAAAAUUGAAACAUUGUGUUAUCGUAUUGACAACAAAACAAUACUUCAUAAAUGUUUGUGAUUAUUGCACUAGUCCUUGCAUUGUGGUGUAAUGAAGCUUUAGCAUUUAAUUAUACUUAUUUAUUUACCAUUCCUCAUAACAGCACGCAUGUAAUUUUCUUUUUCCUCAACACAGAAAAAGUAAUGGUCAGGGACCUGUAAGGCACACACUGCAUGGAAUGCGGCAGAAGGAAAGCUGCCAUGCUUGUCACAGAGCAGUUCUUUAACCAAAGAGGGACAACUUAUUUCUUUGUGUAACAUUGUCGUGGUAUGUUGUCUAACCUGAACUGGUCUAAGCCGCAAUUGUCUGCUAUAGAUGAUAAGCGGUUGUUAAACAAAUUUGCCAACAACGCAGGUUCACCAAUGAACUCCACACAGGGUUGACUUGUUGAAGGUGGCUGCUCAUGUUUGGCGAACACUGUUUGCUUGGCAGCUGUUGCCAUCGUGGAAAUGUCGCCUCUUUUGCCAAGACUGGUCACAACUUGAAUCAUGUUUGGAGAGGCUCAGUGUGGUGUAAUAGCUAGGGAUUCUCCUGCACUUGCAUUACGUGGUCGUCACUGUUCUAUUGAAUCAUAGCACUGCUUUUUUUUUUUUUAAUUGAUGCCUGUACCCAUCGUCUUGAUUGCUUGCUUCUGCUUGCAUGUGGUUUCUGCGUCACAUACUUGGUGAGCCCUGAAGACUUUUCUGCUCACAGUCACAGUGAUUUUGCUAACUCAUGUCAUUUACCAUCAUUCAGUCUUGUCGGCAUUCCUACAUAGCUAGGUAGUAGCAAUUAAAAAAGUUGUAGGUGCAUACAGACUUUUAUAAAAACUGUACCAAGCGAUAUUGACCAUUAAACGACAAAAAAAAAGGAAUACUAAAUGAACAAGCUGUAGUGGUUAGGUGCUUACUUGAACUUUUGUUUUGCAAGAGGUGGGUCAAAUAACGGUUCCACUUAAGUAUAGAACAGCGCCGUCAUGUUGCAAGAAGGAUUGACAGUGUUGACCACCGACUGAACGGUACUGUUGUGUUUGUGUUGGUACAAAUGAAGGAGUAGUCGUUGAUCUUUUGCUGCAUUGCUGCUGGCAUUUUUCUCCAUGGCUGUCUCUCUGCAACAAUUAAUAUAUGGCAAGUUUUUUAAGUGCAUUUACACUCCCAAAAAUGAUGACAUUGUCAAACGCAACAUGACAACGUUGCUUGCAUUAGUGCAGCAACUGCCCUUAUACUCGUGUAUUGCUUCUGCAUUAAUUUUGACACUGUCUGUGGUUUCAGAACCUCUUUAAUUUGCACCCUGUGCUUUCCGACUACAUGAAGCAAAUAUAUAAAAAUGAGGCCACCACUUUGCUCUGCUGUUAACAAGCUCCAGGAAGUUGCUCCUGCCUUGAAAUAAUGUUUGAGAAAAAAAAUGCAUAACUUUAGCAAACUGUCACUCUAUUGAUUAACUUUAAAAGAUGCGUUAGCUCAGGGCGAACUUUGAUUUGUUUUUUUCUGUAAAUGUGAAACGCAUUUACAGGGAACAGGGACAUAAGGCAUGCUCUUGUUAGACAAUCGCUGAAUAAAUUUGAAUUUACUACGUUGUAUUUAAAAAGCUAAAUUCUACCCUCUGUUAGAAGCACAAGUUCUUCGAACAGUACAUAAUAUUUCAAUUUUGUCUGCCAAGGAAAGGUUGAAGCAGUCAAGGACGGCUGAGGGUUAGGCGGUGCAAUGAAAAUAUAAAUUUUGUAGGCAUAAGAUAGUAUCAACAUAUGCAAGGCAGGGGUAAUCGCAGAUUUCUGGGUGAAGUCUUUGUCCUGCAGAUGAGCAUAAAUUAGGCUGAUAAUGAUGGGGGUGAUGAUGAUUUUGAGAUGUUCUAAUAGUAGUUUGUGCAUUUUAUUCAAUUAUAUCUUUUAUUGCUGUUAAGGAGCUGUAACCUAAAUUCUUGUUUUCAUAUUUCUUAAAAAGUUUUCGCCAGUGCUUCGUUCAUAAAAUUGACAGCCUAAAUAAAAAAUUUGCUCCUAACAGUCAGUAUAUUUUAACAUUUCUCAAUUGCAACAAAGUCCAUCAAAAUUCCUCAAAUUAAUGUAAUACAAAAAAAGACAACUUCAUCAUUUUUGUGUAUUUAGACGGAAGCUUGCAAGGAAGGGGCUUUUUAAGAGACAUAAAUUGGCAGUUGUAUUUUUGUGUUUCUUUGCUGUGUAUUCAGGGAAAACGCGGGGAAGGUGGGAGAUGGAAAUUCAAGAUGACGAGAAAAACGAGAACAAGGUAAAAGCGGGAGCCAACAUUUCAGCAAGUGGACUUGCCUUUUGCAAGACAACUCCACUUGAAAAAGACAAGCCCGCUUGACGAAACGUUGGCUCCUGCUUUUACGCUUUUCUUGUUUUGCUCAUCGUUUUGCUAUGUAUUGUCACAUAAGGAAUUAUUGUUUUCUUUUGUGCUGUGGUGGUUGAACUAGUAGCACAACUAGUAGUUGUGGGUGCAGCGAUAUGCAGUCAGGAGAGACCAUUUAGGCUUGAUGAGCAGGUGCAUUCACGAUUAUAUUACUGAGAUUAUAUGAGUAUUGUUAAUUCUAAGUCAGCAAGUUUGUGAAGGAAACAAUAAAAGAGUGCAAUUUCCUGAGUCAAAUACCACAAUAUCUGGCACUGACCAGGUGCAGACAUAAUGACCUGCUUGUGUGUGCGAAACAUGUGGUCACUACGAUAUGUUCGAAUACUGAUUGCACCAUUUAUUUAUUUGGAUGGCCGUAGGGACUCGCACCACUUUAUAACAGCAAGGAAUUUCCCACGCUUCACCUAAGCUAUAGCUGCUUUCUUUCUUUUAAUAUGUGUAUUAAGCAGGUACACCUUGUGUGCUAGUAGAUUAGAAUCAUGUUUACUGAAGAGCGGAUGAAUUUUGUGCAAUUGAGCUUCCAACAAGGCUCCCAGAGAGGCUAUGCCUGCAGCUACUCGAAAGAAUGCAGGUCAUGUGUUUGGUGUGAACCAAGAUGGUACAAUUGUACCUGGAUGUUUCUUUGAGACUGCCCUGUAGACAAACUGAUGCUUCCAUUUUAUGUGCUUCCUCUUGCGUUGCGGCAUAUUAACCUCAUGCAGCGCUAUGAAAAAUUAUUACAGGUAAAAUUGGGUGCCAAUUUGUUGGUCAAGCACACCGUUGAAGGAGGGAAUAUACGAGUGUUGGUUGGCGGGUUUUCAGGAUGAGUCACAGCACCGUUACUUCGACGACAUGUUUCACGGUGUGUGGAGCACCUCAAUGUUUGACUUGCGCUCGAGUGCCAUGCUAUUGUAUGAAUUGGCCAGACGCACACGUGGCAGCCACCCUCUACUGAGUGAGUGGGCAUAAGUGGCAUGUGUUGGCCAAGGCCCCCUCGUCAUCGUCUUUAAGUGGCACUGACUACAUCCAAAUGUCAGGAUUUUGGGCUUUGUAGUUCCUGCUACAGGCUUGUUGGUCGAUGAUUUUGAAUUUUUUAACAGAGCAAACGGGACAGUUCUUAUUUCAACUGCGCUGUUAAAAAAUUCAAGAUGCUUCUAGAUGUUAGCUACAGCAGGAACAGUGCUAAGUACACGGACGAAGGUGAGGGCACAUAGUAAUCAACAUCACAUUGAUAAACACAUUGCACUGUCCUUUGUCCGUGUCUUUAGAACUGUUUCCAUCCGAAUAUGAAUAACCAACUAGCCAAUGCUUUCAUGUUAGUGAUGGAUUUGUUACAAGUAUCCACCAGUAUUGCUUUCUUCUUGCAGUAGUAACCUUGAUGGGAUCUCCCCUUAGCUAAACGUGAUGAAUUUUAGUGGCCAUGACAUUUUGCUUUAGUGAGGUGGUUAGUUUGAUAUCCAGCCAUGGUGACUGUGUUUUGAUGACGAGGAAUGCAAAAAUGCUCCUGUUCUGAGUAUCAGAUACAACCCAGGUGGUCGAAGUUAUUCCAUAGCCCUCCACUGCAAUGUCUUUUAUAGUGCCUGGAGUGCUUUGGGACCCUAUCCAUCAAAUUACCUCGAUAUCCAAUGAUCCCACAUAAACACGCAAAAUCACACGGGUCUUUCAUUACGGUUCAAUUAUACAUGUGAUCCUCCUAGUGCAUCCAAUGCAAAACACAUCAAUCAAACAAAAGAAGGCAUUGUGGGCACAUUUCUCUUGCUUCUGUUCUCAAGCAGCCAUAUGCUAUCAAUUGCUUCGAAUUACCAAACUCUUUGUGGAUAAAAGACACGUAAAUGCUAGGUCAAGUUGAGGCAAGUGGACAAACAUAUGGGCCAUUAAGGUUGCAACUCUGCCUGUUGGUAUGGAUCUCUGGCUACCGGCUGUGCGAGACAGAUGACAUAUGUCAUCUGUUCCUUGUCUUUCCACUUGUUUUGCUCUGCCAUUAACCAUAAAUUCAUGUAAACUAAUCUGAUCACAGUGUUUGCUAUGUAAAAACACUGCAGUUUACACAUGACUGCAGAAUUUUUCUUCAUUUUUUUUUUCAUAUUCUUGCUGUUAUGGAGUUGGCAAGUGGCUUAGUGCCAAUGGAAGCUGGGCACAUUGUUGUGUUUGAGGAGACAAGAAAGCAGUGCACAAAACUGGAGCUACUGGAAUAGCUGAAAGAAGUAUUGAUGCAAAAUGUGCCUCAUUUCAUCUUUUCAUUUGACAGCAUACCUGCUGACAAAAUUUUUUCUCUUCUUUCAUUGUUUCAUGUUUCUUGCACCACUUACAAUUGGGUAAACACAGUAUGAAACCUCAAUUCCUCAAAAGAACAAGAAAUUAAUUAUGUCUUCUGACAUGAGCAGUUUAAAACGUAUGCUAGUAAAGCAUGGCUUCAGGCUAGAAGCUGGCCUACUCAUUACACAAAGAAAAUUUUAGAUAGUGGUCACAUGAUCUCAGAAAAAUUAUGUAAGAGAUUGGUUUAGUUAUUUGUAGCAUAUCUGAGAAACGGAGGCCUCAUUCCGUGAAUAGAGUCAGCCACCAUCUACUAAAAAAAAAUUUAGACAAAAUUUCAUGUUGAUGCUCUUUUAAGGGCAAGUUAAGGAGAUUGUUAAUAACAUUCAGGCAUCUACAUAUCGUCUACAUAUCAGAAAUAUUUACUGCACAUUCUGAUUUGCUGUCAUGGUAAUUUAGACAAAAUUACACAGCCGUGUGGAAUCUGAUUUAUAUGCAAAUAAACUUUGAACUUAUGUUCAGAACUUGCAUGGCUGCAUUGUGAACAUGCCACAUCUCAAUUUCUGCUCAGUGAAUCGACAGUUUGACACUUAUUAACACUCGCUCUAGACAUUGAGCAAAAAACAAUAUGGACCCUAGUAGAUGUUGCCAGUAUGCGUGCAAAUUCUGGCGAUUACGUCUCAGGUGCUAUCACUUUAUCUAGAACAGCAUCACAGAGCAGUUUCGACUUUAGCUUGCUGCUGUUGGGCGUUUUCUAGUUAUCCUAGGCAAAAACGUAAAAAAAAAAAUUGCUAAUUGUGUUCAAGGGGACUUUACAAAAAAUAAAAUGCAGCUGAAAUGUGAAAUUCCGCAAAGAAUAUUGUGUAGCUGCCUUUUAAAUGGGGCCACUUUUUGCUACCAGAUUCUUUAUUGGGUGAAGGCAUAAGGGGUAUGGUUGCAACAUGUGCGUCUGGCCAGGUUGACAUUUUUACAGGCACUGGUUUUCUGUCUGUUGUGUGUGGUAUCAAUCUGCCAAACUAUUUUGCUUUUGCUCGUGUUUUUAUUUUACCUUUACUGGGGCUGCGAAUGUUGUACAUGUCAUAGGCCUCUGCUAAGAGUGAAGCUGUGCAGGCCAUUUAGUCUUGUCUAGUGUAAACAUUUCAUACACAUACACACACACACUGUUUCAUGAAGCAUAGCACUAGCAAGCAGUUGCAAAGAUGAGCUUUCAAUUAAAAUUUGUAAGUGGUACUGUCAACACUUUUCCUAAGGCAUCGCCGACACCAGCUGAGCAAGCUGUUGGUGAUACCAUCUAUACACUUUUGCCGAAGUGAGCUACAGGCAGUGUCAUUACAAUCAGUUACUGUGCAAGUCUUUGAUGGUUUCAUUGCUUAUGUGUCUAGUUUUUGUGUCGUCUGCAGUGGUGUUGGUAGCAUCAAAAUGAUUGGCAGCCCUUGACAGUUGCGGGUGUUGGAAUUUGUCAGUAGCACCAGUAAAGAGAUGAUGGUAGAUUUUUUUCUUUCUCUUUUUGUCAUUUGUCUUAGCAAUGGGCUUUCACCAAAGUAUGUGGUUUGGGUGGGUGCAACAUAAUACAGGCAUGCACUGUGCAAACACGCCACUUUAUAAAGGAAGUGUCGGGCUUGCCACAUGCAUACUGGCCCGAUCACAAGCCUGCUGUUGGGCAUGCGUUGAAUAACCGUUGGGCUUGACAAACACCAUGCAGAAUGGGAGCAGAAUGCUAAGGCAAUAUGUAACGAGGUGGAGUCAGGUGUUUGCAUGUGAUAUGACUUUUUCAAACUCCCGCGGCCACUGACCGAUGAGUGUUAUCUGCAAACAUAUUACAACAAUUGUUCUGUGCUGGUCUUUUUCAACACCUCGCAUAGGAGUUACUCAUUCUCAGCACAUGAAGAACAAAAACAAAAUUUAAAAAAUGCACGCUGCUUUUACAGUGCCAGCCCAGCCAGAACUGCUGUUGAGAGACAUGUCACGGUAGUGCUUUCGGCAUCCUGUCUUCGCUGUGACCAAGAUUUUUUAAAGGCUGGGUGAACUCAGUGUUGCAGUAUUAAAGAGGGAUACAACAGUCA